AUGGAUGAACCCACAUUCUCCGACGAUAUAAGAAUACAAGAACUCGAAUCAUGUCAGACCAUCUACCCCAAUCUCCGCAUCUCGAAGUUGUCCGGCUCAAUCGACAUUCCUAUUAAGCUAGAUACCGAAUCGGAAAUUAGACUAAUCCAAAAUUCAACAGUAUUGGCCAGCAAGCAAGUGGUUAACUUACCUGCAAUUACGCUCGAUUUUACUCUCCCAGAAGGAUAUCCUUAUGACCAUCCCCCACAAAUCAAACUAUCUUCCCAAAUCAUUCACCCGGAUAAACUAAACAAACUUGAAACGGAGUUAAGCUCUGUUUGGUUCGACUACAAAGACCAGGUCAUAUUCAUGCUUAUAGAUAAACUCUUGGAUACGACUCAAAACAAUAUAGAUGAAAUCCUACCAUCCCCGAUAGAAAUUAUAGACCACUACCAGCUCUACUACGAUAUUAUCGACUACGACCAAUCCACGAAGCAAGCCGAAUUUAAUAAUCUGACAUUCGCCUGUGAAAUAUGUCAAAACAACUACUCAGGACUACAAUGUCUGAAGUUUGACUGUGGUCACGUCUUCUGCAACGAUUGCUUGUAUGAAUACUUUUCUUCAGUCAUCACCACCGGCGAAAUUGACAAGGUUCAUUGUCCCGAUUUUGAAUGCACAAAACUACACAUCAAGACACGAGAUCUGUUUGCCAAAUUAGAAACGUGGAUGGAGAACGACAGCAAAGUCAAGGAGAUGGUCACAACAAUGUUGACGCCGACAGUUCCACUCGCAUUGCUCACCCACAUCUUCAAACCCAAGACCGACCAGGCUAAUGAACUAGUCAAGCGAUACAUGACCUUAUACAAGAAAUCCCAGUUUGAAUUCAUCGGCAAACUCCUCCCGAAUCGGUUAGUAAGUUGUCCUCGAAUUGGUUGCGAUGAAGUGAUAUUCCGUGAAGAUCUACAUGAACGACUCGUCCGCUGUCCCAAAUGCCAAUACUCAUUCUGCAAUGAUUGUCGCAUGUCAUACCAUACUCGAUUCAAACUAUGUAAUAAGGUAAACGAAAAUGAAAAUUACUCGGGCAUACCCGUGGCAGAUCUUGAAGCAUACCCCUUGUAUCCUAGUGAUUCAUAUGAACGAAAGACAUUGAAUGCCAGGUAUGGCCGUAUUACAAUAUUACGUGCCAUUGAAGAAUAUAAGAUGGAUAAGCUAUUCGAAGCCAUGCUCAAAGAAGGCAAUCAAGCUAGAGAAUGUCCCGGUUGUAAAACUGUCAUUGAAAAGAGUGAAGGUUGCAAUAGAAUGAAAUGCUCGGAAUGCUCCACCUUCUUUUGUUUCAAUUGCGGGAACCAAAUCAGUCGAAACUACGAUCAUUACUCAGACACAACAUCUCCCUGCUACAGAUUGUUAUUCUUUGGUAUGCUCGGUGCCGAACAAGAUGAUGAUGAUGAUGAUGAAUUUAUAGAUUAA